AUGAAGGUGUUUCUCCUUAUUCUCCAUGCAGCAACCGUCGCUUCUUUUGAGAUUCCGGUGCAACGUUCUUCGCGAGAAUUCGGGAAAGCGGCAUACGGAAUGGCUCUCGAUAUGGACAAGGGGUCUUUGUCGUAUAUUGGGACAGUUUCUCUUGGAACUCCGUUACAAGACUUCAAUGUGGCCUUUGAUUUCACCACCCCUGUUUUUUGGGUGCCUGACGCAGUCAGUACUUGUGGAGUGGACGUCGAAAGACCAGCAUCGUGCGAGAACAAAAAUCUUUUCGAUAGAGGAAAGUCAAGGACUUUCAAUUCAGGUAAGAAUUUUGGGAGCUCUUUAUACCGUUACGGAAAGAGCGCUGGGUUUAACAUGCUGCGGAUUUACUGAAGUUCAUUCUUAGAAGACGUCACCACCAAUUUGAGCUUCCUCAACCUAACCAUCAAAACAGAACUAGCCGCUGAUUCCUUCCGUUUCGCUCCACAUUAUCGCGCAGGAUUCAACGCAAGGAAGAACAUUAAAUUCGGCCUUGUAAAACAGUUCAAUGGCCAAUACAACCACGUCAGAUACGACGGAGUGUUUGGCCUUGGAUUGGGAGAACAGAAUGGCUUGACUUCGCCGAUUAAACAGAUGGCCGAGCAAGGAGCUAUCCCUGCUCCAAUCUUGUCGGCCUAUCUCUUAGAAUCAAGACCGAAGAAUGAUUUCGAUGGCGUGUUUACUUUGGGAGCGAUAGACGAGAUGCGGUGCGAGGCAGUUGACAAGUUCGCCGAGAUCUUGAAGGAUGGAAAUUGGGCAUUCAGAUCACCGUCAUUCAGAGUCCCACCUAACAAUGAGGUCGAAAAUGGAUCUUGGACAGUAAGCGUUACAUUAAAGCGUAAACGCUUCGUUUUCAACGCAUAAUGCCCAAAUUUCAGGGCGUUCUUGACUUAAAAACCGACUUCAUUCAUAUGCCAAGGCCUGCCGUCACAUUGCUUGACCAAUCUUUGGGGGCCAACAUUGACGACCAAGGUCAGUUUCUAGUGAAUUGCGGCGCCGAUCUCUCCAUGGAGUUUGUUCUUGGAGGAACAAACAUCCGAUUUCGGGCUUCUGAACUAUACGAAGAUUACAGUGGGGAUACAUGCCUGCUCAAAGUAAAAGCGACAGCUCCGGGAGACCGGUACAAUUUCCGGUUCGGAACGCCAAUUCUGAGGAAGCAUUGCGUCGUUUUUGACUUUUCUGGAGGAAUCGCAUUCCCAAAAAAGAAAAAUUGA